AUGUCCACCAGCGACCCUCAGGUUCAAUACCUCAUUACCCUCAAUUCCCUGGAGGCCUGUCUUAAGUGUCUGCAGGUACUGAGGACGACGUUGCAGCACCUGGUAAAAGACGUUUUCGGCCUCCGUUCUGAGUCCGAUCUUUCCAAACUUCAGACCUGUCUCUCGGAUUUGUUUGAAUCACUCGAAAGAUCCUUCCACCAACUGCUUGAUCACGGCUUUGAGCAGCUUCGAGGCGUCAUUCGCCCGCAGAUAGCUACACUUACGCAGCCUCUCGCAUCGGUCAAACGUGAACUGGCCGAGGUAAUUUGUCAUGAGCCUCGACAAUUUUUAAUCGUUGAGUAG